UGCACAUGCUGCACAACUACCGAAACAUCUUCUCAGCGAUCAUUAGCUAAGCAUCUUGACAGCCGUAAUUCGACAAUGGGUAAACGUAGAAGAAAGACCAGGACCCAUCUGAAGGGCGCUCAGCCCGAAGAGGAUGAUCAAUCCGGUCCGAGGUCAUUCGUGGUCAGAUCAGGAGCAGUGACACGGAGUACGAAUCAGUUGGUUAGGGAUAUGAGAAAGGUCAUGGAACCCGGCACGGCUAGUCGACUCAAGGAGCGACACGCUGCUCGUCUAAGAGAUUACCUCGUCAUGGCUCAACCUCUCGGCGUGACCCAUAUCAUGGUUUUCACCUUGACAGAGGCCAACAACGUGCAUUUCCGUAUGGCCAGGCUGCCGACCGGUCCGACGUUGACAUUCAGGGUGGAGAGGUAUAGCUUGAUGAAGGAUCUUGUGAAUGCGUCGUUGAGGAACCUCGGCAAGGCGCCAGGUUGUGAAUACAGGACACCUCCUCUUCUCGUUAUGAACAACUUCCAGACGCCGGCUGGGCAACCCCCCAAGCCCCACUUGAAAUUGAUCACGAGCAUGUUCCAAGGUCUCUUUCCCCCUAUCCAGGUCGAGAAGUCGGCCCUGCCUUCAUUCCGCCGAGUACUGCUGGUCUCUUACCACCCCGAAUCCAACCUCAUCUCCAUCCGACACUACAACAUCACCGUCCGUCCCCACGGCGUCUCCCGCAGAGUCCGCAAAAUCCUCAAUUCAACCACCGCAGGUGGCAGAGAACCCCUUUCGAAGUCUUCUCGCAAAGUCGACCUGUCCAACGCGGACGACAUCGCCGAUUACCUCUUGAAGCGGAAUAAGAGGGACGGCUCUCAAGCGCCUUCAGAAGCUGGGACCGAGUACACGGAUACGACAGGGACGGGAACGGGAUGGGAUUCGGCGAGCGAGACGGAUGGGAGUGAGGCGGAGAGCGAUUCGAAUGCGGUGGAUCUGCCCGAGGACUAUGUCGGGAGGGGGAACAAGAAGGGAGAGAGGAGGGCGGUCAGGCUCGUAGAGGUCGGACCGAGAAUGGAGCUGAGGCUGAUCAAGAUCGCCGAAGGGUUGGUCGGAAGCAAGCGAGGUGAAGGGGAGACGGUCUUCCACGAGUUUGUCGCCAAGACCAAGAGCGAGGCCGCAAAGCAAAAGGCCGAACACGAGGCUCGAUUGAGGACCAAGGAGGCUCGUAGGAAACAACAAGAGGCCAACGUCGCUAGAAAACAGGCUGAAAAGGAGGCGAAACAAAAGGCCAAGGCUUCCAAGGCCAAAGCCACCACUGACGAGGACGGUGAGGCAGAAGAAGAGGAUAAUGACGAGGAAGAGGAGGAGGAUGAACUGCCGGAACACGUCGCUGGGUUCUCGUCUGACGAGGACGACGAGUUUGAGUACGAAGACAAGUUUGGACCGGCUGGUGGAGCAGCGACGAAGGGUGAAGACGAGGAAGAGGUGGAUUGGGAUGAAGAGGUUGGGGAUGUCAGCGAGGGAUCCGAUGAAGAGGGAGAUGGGCAGGAUGACAGCGGGAGCGAGAGCGAGGAAGAAGUUCGGGCUCCCAGACCUGUGGCCAAGAAGAGAAAGUGAACCGAAUACGAGGUACGAGGAGGUUGUAAGGUGUAGAUAGAUGGUUUGCUGGGUACGGGCCGAUGAACCAUUGUCAUGUAUAUCCUCGACAAUGCUGAGCGGGAGCAAUUCCGAGAUCCUCGUCCCGUCGGGGUCGACCGAGGUCGAGGGUGCAUCUACGUAUCUACAAGCUACAGGUUGUACUCGCUCGAUCACGCAUUCAAAAGC